CUAAAACCCAAAUUAUAAAUUGGAGUAGUCCCCCUUGAAUUACUAAAACAAUAAACGAAAGUUUGCCCGGUUUAUUUCAACAAUGCCAAGUCUGGUCGUGAAAAGGUUGAGAAACAGUCGCGCCUUAUAGUUUGUCAAGAAAGAAUACUCAAGUUUCACACACCAGAGAAUUACUAAGCUGUGUCUUGAUACACCAACCAAAAGGAUGAUAAGAUAGAAUGCUGGUAAAAUGAAAUAAGCAGACAACAAGAGGCUAUAGCAACAGACUUCAGAUGUGAAAGACCAAAGUAAACAUUGGUAAAGAUAGGAAUAACAAAAUAAAGGAUGAAACUCAAAAGAAUUUAACAGAUUUACCUUAGUAGUAGCAUAGUUUUAGUUAAAGAUGCAUCUGGUUGUUUUAUAUAAUCUUUUAGAUUUCAAUCUGUACUAAAGACUCCAAGGAUUUUACGGGUUUUAGAUUAGAAAAUAGUUUUUAGUGCUGCAGAACUACUUCAUAAUGAAGUAAGAUUCUUUGAUGAUCGGAAAAAUUAGCGAAAGUACCAUGGAAACAGCUGAGUAGAAUAUUUUAAUUAGAAAGUUUAAGCACUUACAUCUAAGAGGUGUAAAGAAAUUCCCAAAAUUAACCUAUUACAGGAGUGUAUGAAAAUAAACCUAAAGCAGAAGUGGAAAAUUGAUGAAAUAACCGUGGCUUCAAUUGAAAAUUAAAUUUUGCAAAUGAUCUGCUGGUAAUCUGGAAAAUGCAAAUCGUGAAGAGCAUAAUGAAAGUUUUUAAGGAUUAGUAAUUACUAUGUAAUUGUAUAUAUUGCAUCUUUCUUUUCUUGGAUGAAGAAAUCAACAGCGAUUUUACAUGUUUAUCUUAAAGACUAACAAGAAGAAUGACAGGAACAAGUUGAUGUAUAACAGAAAUUGUACAAACUUGAAGGAAAUGUAAUAAUACAUUAAAAACGGUGAUACUAAGAAAUACUCAAAUAGUUCAAAGUUUUUAACCAUUUUGUGUUGUGGUAUUGAUGUUGAAGAGCAAUUGAAAUAUAUUAAUAAAAAUAUGUUUGAUUUAAAACUCAACUUAAAAAAGAAAGUUUACAUCAACAAAUGAGGAAGUACAACAGAAAUCAGUAUUUUAAUGUCAAUAUUUUAAAAUUAGAUUUCAAGUAUUGAAUUUUUAAACCUUUCAAGAAAUGUUUUUUAUUUAACCAAGAUACAAGGAAAGUGCACAAAAACCAAGACUUACAAAAUAGAUAUCGUGAUUUUAUUCGAUUGUAAACUUUUUUGGAUUUUAUAGUUUUUAUUGUAAAAACUGAUUAACCAUAUACAUAAUAUUGAACACCAGGAAGUUAAUUUUAUUCAUCCAAGAAAGAUUUUUUUUUAAUUUAAAAUUUUUAAACCAAAGAUCUCAAAUUGUGUUUCCAAGAGGCAGAACUGAAUUUUUAUGUACAAUUUUAAAAAGUUUUGUUUUAAAUAUAACUUAAGGAAUUUUACCAACAGCGAUCGGUGUUACCAAGAGGAACUCUCAUUUUAUUCCAUUAAAAUAUCUAAAAAUACAUUUUAUCACACUGAAAACUUGGUGACAAUAAAGUUGGAAUUCCAAAAUGUCUGUUUAUCGUCGUUCUAUUCCCGUCUGUGCUCAGUUUGAUCUGGGAGCAUUAGAUAACGACUCAGAUGAUGAACAAGAUGAUACCAACGAUUUAAGUUCAAUACCAGUUAAAUUCAAUACUCAAGAUGUAUCCAUCCGAGGUCGUUUACGACGCCUCCUUAUACGAAACUCACACUCUAGAUUAGCUAGUACGUUUUUUGAUCUGAUAGUCAAACUUAUUAUAUGUAUAACAUAUGUUGUUCGUGUUACACUAGAUGAUGCACAAACAUAUGCAUGUAAUGGCGUUCCCUGUGAUAAUGCUAAUUCUAAUGAUAGUAGUGAAGAACAAACAGUCUUUUCAUCUACCAGUAUUAAUUGGUAUGUUGUGUUUUGGGUUGAUAGACCACUGCCUUUAUGGAUUGUGCAAGUUGUUUUAUCAGCCAUUACAUUAUCUAAAGCUCUCUUAUUGGUCUAUAUUUCUACAAAGGGUCACAGAGGAGAACAUAUUCGUACAACUGCAUUUAUUUUAGAGUUGAUUUGCUCCUUACCAAUUCUUGCCACAGUAUGUUAUCCACCCCUGUUACAGAACCUGUUUGUACCAAUAUUUCUCAAUGUUUGGUUAGCAGAGAUAGCUCUAGAGCGAGUAUUUAAUGAUCUUCAUUUAACACGUCAAAGAUUUCAGACCAUGUCAGUUACAUUAUCUCAACAGAUAUUACUGCUGUUAGCCAGUGUUGUUAGUUUAGUUUAUACAACAAUAUGCGGAAUUCAACAUAUACAGCGUGGAAGUGCUGAAGCUAAAUUAUCGAUGUUUGAAUCAUUUUAUUUUGUAAUCGUAACAUUCUCAACCGUGGGUUAUGGAGACAUAUCCCCUGAUAUAUGGAUUGGUCAACUCUUUAUGAUUAUUAUGAUUUGUGUGGCGCUUAUAUUUAUACCUAGACAGUUAGAAGUGAUAGCAUCAACAUGGAUUGAGAGACAGAAAGCAGGUGGAGAGUACAGUAAACGAACAGCAGCUGGUAACAAACAUGUUGUCGUCUGCUCAAGUAACCUAGCAACUGAAGCUGUUAUGGAUUUUCUCAGUGAAUUUUAUGCUCAUCCAAAACUUGAGGGCCGACCAGCUUACAAGCCUUGGCGUCAGGACCAUCUUGUCAUAUUACUGAGUUCCCAUGAAUUGGAUAACAGUAUGCAGGUCAUUUUGAAGGAUCCAAAAUGGACCCACAGAGUGAUUUAUAUGAGAGGUUCUUCACUCAAAGAUCUUGAUUUAAAGCGAUGCCGAAUACAUGAAGCUGAUGCCUGUUUUUUCUUGGCACCAAGAAAUGUUGUAGAUAAAUACAGUGCUGAUCAACAUACUAUCUUGCGGUCAUGGGCUGUAAAAGAUUUUGCCCCACAUUGUAAACAGUAUAUUCAGUUAUUUAAAGCACAAAACAAGAUGCAUGUUAAAUUUGCAGAACAUGUGGUAUGUGAAGAUGAGUUUAAAUUUGCGCUGUUAGCUAAUAAUUGUUUAUAUCCUGGAUUAUCUACCCUUGUUUCCCUCCUUGUUCACACAUCAGGAGGACAAGAAGCUGAGCUGGCAACAGAACAGUGGCAGCAACUGUAUGGUCGGCAUUCGGGUAAUGAGAUAUAUCAUAUUCAGUUGAUAAAGAGUUCGUUCUUUAGUCGUUACGAGGGCAAGAAAUUUACAGAGGCAUCUUCUGAUGCUCAUCAAAGAUUUGGUGUAGCAUUGAUGGCUAUUUUAGAUACCCAGAUACCUGAACCACGUCUACAGUUAAACCCAGGACCAAAUUAUAUCAUGAAAGGUUCAGAUUAUUGUUUCUAUAUGUCUGUUACUAAAGAAGAAUACUCAGAAAUCAGUCCUGAAGCCUUACAAGAUGACAUUGGCAAAAAUGCUCGGCAAUCAAAAACAUUAGAAGAAGAGAAUGAGAUAAACUACUUAUUAAAACGUAAUAAAUCUAACGAACAAAUAGCCCUAGUUCUUCAGAAAUAUCAGAAUGAAAGUGAAGAUGAUGGGGAUGAAGAAGAAAGUGUCUUUGACACAAUUACCAGCAUGGUCGGUCAAGAAAUCACAAAAAUUAUUCAUGGAAAAGAAAAAGAAAAGGAUACCAAUGAAAAUGAUGGAGAUAACAACAGCAACUAUUUCGAUUAUCUAAAACCAGACAAAAUGGCUAAGAAAAUGAAAGAUGGCAACAUAAUGGAAAAGGAAGCAGAUGGAUUGAGUCAUAGAAAUGGAACAGGGAAUAUUUUACAGUUUUAUAAUGAUAUGGGUCAUGAAAUGAUUAUGACCGGACCACCACCAACUACAAUGUAUCUAGGAUCACGGAGAACAAACUGUCAUAUCAUGAAAACACCUCGUUUAUUCUGUUGUUUAGAAUGGGGAAAGCAUUGUGAACAUUGUACAUAUAAAAAUGCUAAUGAUGAUCGUUGGACAAGACAACUAAUUAUAUUAUCUGUAGAAUAUGCUAGCUGUGGUAUAUACAACUUUAUAGUACCUCUACGAUCUAACUUUAUUAGUAAAUACUGUCUGAGUCCUAUUAUAUUACUACUAGAAGAAGAUCCAGAUAAGAUAUUUUUAGAGACUAUUGCACAGUUUCCACUAGUUUAUUGGAUGAAAGGAAAAAUAUCAAGUGUUGAUGAUUUACUACGAGGUGGUAUUAACAAAGCCAGCCAUCUGGUGGUGGUAAAUAAAGAAAAACAUCAAAAACAAGGGGAAGAAACUCUAUCUGACUCAGAAACAAUUGUAGCUGUUCAAACUAUCUUUAGGUUAUUUCCUAAUGCUAAUAUUAUAACAGAAUUAAGUCAGGCAUCUAAUUUACGUUUCAUGCAGUUCAGUGCUCAUGAUGAAUAUUCACAAAAAAUAUCACUUUUAGAACAGAAAUUAAAACAAGAAACACCAUCAAAUCUGAGUUAUAUGUUUCGUCUGCCAUUUGCUGCAGGACAGGUUUUUAGUGCUAGUAUGUUGGAUACCCUGCUAUAUCAGACAUUUGUUAAAGGCUAUUUAAUAACAUUUGUACGUCUACUACUUGGUAUAGAUGCAGAGCAAAAUUCAGGUCAUUUAUCAAGUAUUCGUGUUAAAAGAGCCACAUUAAAACUUUAUCCUACAUAUGGUGAACUAUAUCAAGGACUGUGUACAGCCACAGGGGAAGUCCCUAUUGCUAUUUAUAGAACCGAAAAACAGGGUUUAGAAAGUAGUGAACCAACACCACCACCACCAAAAAAGGAUUUUGGUCUGAAACGAGAAACAACAUUCCAUGCCAGAAAUCCCUUUAUAAGUUUCCAGAACUCUGAUCAGUGUGAUUUAGCUGAUUUGAUUCGCAACAGACUUAAGAGUCUGGAUAUUAGAGAUGACGAUUAUUGUGAAUUGAAGAAACGACCAAAUGCUCUAUCAUACGUCAUCCUUAAUCCUUCCCCCAAACGUAAACUAAAGCUAGGAGAUAUAGUGCAUGUGCUACAACCAUACACUAUGCAGGCUUUUCCAAGUAAUGCUAAACAACCGUGGCGACCCAGAUCAAAUAGUGUUAAUGUCUUACUUCCACGACAUCUUGACAAACGAAAGGGAUCCCUGCCUGACCUCACUGAUAAAGAGAAAGCCCAAGAUUCCACCACAGAAAAAGAGGAUCCUAGACCACAUACGGCUACAGUUAAUGUAGAAGUGAGUAAGUCUACACCAGCUGAAGGCAUUCAACGCAAGCCGUCACGAUUUACUGUAGAAAGAAAGCCUGAGUCCGCCCUUGAUACUCCGACCAUUGUUGUAAAUGGAACGGAAUGUUGAAGAAAUAUUAAUUUACUUGGAAUUGUGAAUAGAACUGGUAAAAGUCAACCUCAGAGUAAAACUCAAAAGCAAGUUGUCCAGAACUACUAUAGACUGAAAAUCACUCAGCCCAAAACUUAACAGUGUUUGGGAAAAGCUUUAGUUUGGAUAAUUUGUGACAGUCUGAGAAUAAACAUAAAGAUAAUCGAAAGCUCUAUCUCAGCUGUAGAUCUUCUACCUACAAUGGGGAAAACACCAAAUUACUUAAAGAUGAUUCGCAUGCAAAAGUACAUAUUGGUUGUACGGGUACAUGAAUUAUGAACUGAAUCACAUAGAAUGGAACCUUUUGUUUGUGUAGAAAAUUCUAUCUACUCACGCAGUCAAGCAUUUAAAGGAUAUCAAGGGCUAGUUAAAAUGGAAGAUAUUCGUUUGUUACAUAAAGUAAAAAAAUUGAGUAGAUUUUCUGCUAGUGUUGUGUGAGUCAAUGUUUAGCAAUUACACAAAUAACAGAAGAUUUCUCAGUCAACAAAGAUAGAGCUUAACAGUCUUACUACGAUAUUGUUGUCUCUCAAUUUUAGUCACAGGAGGUGAAUGUUAACGUUAUAGUGGGGGAUUGGAGAGGGUUAUGAUUUUAAAAGUGUAUUAAAUCAAGUACCUUCUCAAAAUCUUCCAUCUUGUUUAAUCAGCGACCAUUUUAACAAAUGUGGUAGUUGAGUAUUUUAUUAAACAACGGAUGGCAUCGAGGGUUGAUUAUGGUCUUGUCAUGUUGACAAAUGUCUAAUUAAUAAUUUAUAAAACAUUAAAGGCUCUACUAUAACUUCAGCUAGUAUAUGGCUCCUGGUUUCUGGGAAUAGCCUGGCCUAGUAUACUUAAUUUUUAAGGAUUUAAGGUUUCGUUAAGGGGGAAGACAGAAUCUUCUGAUAGAAAAAUCCUACAAACAUAAAGCAUAUAAAUGCCAACAUGUAUUUAAGAUUUUGUAAAAACUAUGGGUUUUAUUUGUUAUUUAAUAACUUUAUGUGAUAAUAUAUGAUUUGUUGCUCAUGUUCCCUACAAAAAUUAAAGUGAUGAAGAAAGAAUUAUUUAACUUUUCAUAAAUUGGAAUUAUUGGUACAAACUUUAUUAAAGAUGCCUUAGAUCAAAUCAGUAUAUAUUAUGAUGGAAUUUAAUGUAUUUGAAUGUGCCUUACUGAGGUAUGAUCAGUUUAAAUGCUAUUGAAUAAAAAUAUUUAAAUGUCUAGAGCGGGGCUUGAAUUCUGAAUGUAACCAGUCUAUGAAUUUAUUGAAAAUUUUUUAGAAAGGACUGAUUUGAAAUUUAAUCUGUCCAUAUAUAUAUAUUUUUGGCAACGGUUCAGUUUAUAAGCCUAGUUUCAAAUACUGUCUUGUAAAAUUUAAGGAAAGGUAAAUUUGUCCCAAAAAUAUUUUCAUUGCAAGUCAGUCUGGAUUUAUUGACCAGAUUGAAUGGUGAACUCUAGAUUACAAACAGAGCCAGCUUUAAGACCCCCAUGCAAAGCAAUGGCCCAUACUUGCCAAUCUGAACCUUCAUUUUUAUACGCCCACAUUUUCAUGUGGACGUAUAUUGUCGUCGCCCCUGUCUGGACAUCCGUCCAAUAUUUGUUUGUGGACACUCUUAGAGUCACAAUUUUUAUCCGAUUUUGAUGAAACUUAAAAUAUAGGUCUAGGUUCCUUUUGAUAUUGGCAUAUGUCAGACGCUAAUUUCACGGAUUAUGGCCCCUGAUUGUUGAAAAAUCACGCUUUUAGCUUGUGGGCACUCUAGAGGUCACAAUUUUCGACUGAUUUUGAUGAACUUGAAAUGCAUGUUUAUAACCCAAAGAUCUUGGUUCCUUUCGAUAUUUGCGCAUAUUGGAUCAUAACUUCCUGAAUUAUGAAAUGCAUGUUUAUAACCCAAAGAUCUUGGUUCCUUUCGAUAUUUGCGCAUAUUGGAUCAUAACUUCCUGAAUUAUGGCCCCUGAUUGUACGAAAAAUCACGUUUGAAAUGCAUGUUUAUAACCCAAAGAUCUUGGUUCCUUUCGAUAUUUGCGCAUAUUGGAUCAUAACUUCCUGAAUUAUGGCCCCUGAUUGUACGAAAAAUCACGUUUUUAGCUUGUGGUUCCUCUAGAGGUCACAAUUAUUAUCCGAUUUAAAAAAACGUUUGUAUAUAUCACCGUUUCACUGAAAUAAUUCUUGAGUUCAAAAUUUGUGAAAAUCGGACUAAAACUGACGGAAAAAUGUCCACUACUUGUACGCAAAUAGUGUAAAAAUAUAGUAUAUCAAGGUUGUGGAUCACUUGAAAUACAUGUUUAUAACCCCAAGAUCUUGGUUCUUUUCAAAUUUCGCGCAUAUUGGAUUGUAACUUCCUGAAUUAUGACCCUUGAUUGUACAAAAAAUCAUGUUUUUAGCUUGUGGUCACUCUAGAGUUAACAAUUUUUAUCCGAUUUAAAACGUUUGAAUAUAUCACCGUUACACCCUAAUGAUGGCUGAUGUUAUCAAGGUUGUGGACUCUCUAGAAGUCACAAUGUUGAUCUGAUUUUGAUGAAACUUGAAAAAUAUAUCUUUAUAACCCAAAGAUCAUGGUUCCUGUCGAUAUUUGCGCAUAUCGGAUCGUAACUUCCUGAAUUAUGGCCCUUGAUGUUACGAAAAAUCUCUUUUUGUUUAGCUUGUUCUCUUUCCAUCUCUUCCAAAAUGUGGGCUUAUCCUGCCUGGCAGCCACUGGUUAUUUUCUAAAUUGAAUCUUGGGUUCGCUAAAAUCCUGGGGUCAGUGUGCCCAUGCGAUAAGACGAUAAGACGGUCCUGAUUUCGAGAUGUGCUCAGAUGUUUACUACGUUCAUGGGGAGACCUCGACACCUGCCCAGUGUGCCCAUGCGAUAAGAUGGUCAUGAUUUCUAGAUCUGCUCAGAUGUUUACUAUGUACACAACUGAAAUAAUAUUAGGAGCUAAAUUGACCUCUUUAUAGGAGUUAUAAAUUAAAUCUGUGCCUUAUUUGCGUUUAUUUGUUAUUUAUAUAAACAGUGUAUAUUAUUGUUAUCUUGAGGUUGUAAAUAUAUCUUCAUUAUUACUCUUUCAUCCCAGGGUUCAUACGUUUAAUGGCUUUCAUUUAAUUAUUGUUGUUGUUGAGGGUAUAUAUUGGGAUAUUUUUCAUUAUUUAAAGCCAUUUACAUCGCCCCCUUUUAUGUCUUCAAAAUAAUCAUUUAUUGGUGUAUGGCGAUUAUUGCUGUGAUCUAUAUUUUUGCUCAUAGUUAUAGCUAUUGUGGCUGCACAUCAUCCAACCAUCAUAAGAGGCUAAUGAUGGUUACCUAUACAUGUAGUAAGGAGAACAGUUGAAUGUUAACAGCAUGCAUUUACUUGCCAGUUACUGAUAAGCCCCUAAGCAUUUAUAUCCUUAUUUUGUUAAAAUUUUAUGUUUUUGUAAAAAAAAAAAAUGAUCUGGCCACAAAUCUGACAUAUUUUUGCUAAAUGAAUUUGUAAAGUUUGAUUACAAGUGUGUUGUAUGUUGACAUUUCUAGUCUGUGUUACAUGCUGCCUCAUCCAUCAUAUAAAUUUUACUCAAAUUUUGCAUAUAACAAAAAACAUUGAGUAGGUUUUCAGUUUUCAAUACCACAGAGAAAACAGUUUAUGAAUACUCAUGUAGUUUAUUUCAUCUUAUCUACAUGUAUUUAUUUUGUUAAUAAUCAUAUUAUUUAAAUCCGUGAGAAUCUCAUAUUAAUGUACAAAUGUAUCUAAAACCUUUCAGCUGUAUUUCUGUUGAUGUUUAUUAAAGGGGAAGUCCCAGUUUAUGAUAUCAGCGACCUGAUAAAUAUAUGAUAUCUUUUGUAAAAAAUUUCCAAGGGUUAAUUAAAACAUAGCAAUCUGCAAAUUUUAUUCCACACAGGACAACAUAAAAAUGAUGUCACUGUGCAUUUGUCUUAAGUAACAAACAAUUUUGGACAUGGACAAGGCAAUUGCAUAUUCUAGUAGUGACAUGAUGUGACAUUGAAAUAUAUCUGGGAUUUCUCCUUUAAGAAUAUAUUGAACAAAAUUUUUUUAGAUCUUCCAUUACAUGUAUUUAUAAUGUAACAUAAAUUGGAUGGUGCUACAAGAGGUUCAUGUAUAAAGGCACCAACUCUUAAUUUACAUGGGCCUAAAACCUAGUAAUACUAAUUAUCUGGGAUAUUGCCCUCAGUGGAAUUUUGGCUUUGUAAGGUUGUUUUCCAGUUUUCCUAGGGAGAAAGGGAGAUUUUUAAUUAUUUUUAUUAAAAAAACAAAACAGAAUGUUAUCCAAAUUAAUCUUUUAAGAAAUUAAAAGAGAUUUUUUCAUGACGAGAUUUUAGAUUCUUCCAGUAAGUAGUGUGUUCAUUCUUAUAUAUUAUAUAUUUAAUAGCUGAAAGUAUUGAAAUGUUAUUAUACGAAAUUCUGGUUAUUUGAAAUCCAGUAAAUACUUAACUGUUUGUUAUAUUUUUGUAUUGGUAUGAUUUGGAAAUAUUAGAGACAUGAAAGUUAUAUAAUUUUGAAAUUGUGUUUUAUUUUUGUGGGGGUCUGUAAUACAAAAGUUGACGGAUUUUUUUAGCCAUUUGUACAAUUGGGGCUCGCAGUGGUCAAGCGGUAUGACAUUUGUUUCUUUCUUUCUUUCGGUUCAAAUCAUAGUGUAGAUCAAGAAGAACCUUCAAGAUUUUUCACACCAGGUUCUGGUAAGGAACAGCAUCUAGUCACUCAAAUGGGACCAAACAAUGAGGUCCAUCCAUGUACACCUUGCUGUGCAUGUAAAGGAUCCCUUAGAAGUUGGACUUCGUGAAAGAGGCGGCGGAAUUGUUAAUUGUUGGGGCAAAAUUGCACACCUAACCACUGAAAUGAAGUAUUGUGUUAAUUAGAUGUUAAACCCCCAUUCCAUUCCAUACACCACAUAUUGAUAGGGUUAAAGGUAUUUGAACUUUCUAACUAAUGCGAAACUGUUAUUG